UACAGUCUUUAAUUCGGCAUACAUAAAAACAUGCUUUCGAUGUAGGAAUUAGCUAGCCAAGUAGUUGUACAAGUCAAAGUUGUUAGCUAAACGAAGGUCGAAGUAAACAUGCAGCCUAAAUGUUUAGCCUGAUCUCUUUGUCUUUUUUCCUUUCCCCACUGGCGUCCAAUUACAUGAACUUCCUAAAAAUUCUAACUUUCUCUUACAAUUAUUUAAGAAGUUUCAGUGCGUCUGUUUUUGACAGGAGGCUGUCAUGUUUUUAGCUGCCCGGCUGCUUCUCAUUUCUCUCCCUCCAACUACUGCUACCACUUUGCAUGUCAUCCGCAGGCGCUAGAUGCAGCAGGGGGGCUCCUCAUCUCCCAGCUGCUCCGCCUCCACCCCUCACUGCUUCCCCCUCGGCCACCUCAACGCAGCUGCAUGUGGAAGUGAGACCUCGCCUGAACCACAGAAACACGAAGUGAACGCACACAGCGCACCUGCAGGUCUGUCCAGGAUGCGGCCCAUCAUCAUCUUCUACACAUGGUACCUGCUGGGCCUUGCUCUGAGCGUGGCCUGCGUGGUGUGUGUGUGCGUGUGGAGCAGCAAGUGGCGAGGCGGAUUCGCCUGGAAUGGCUCGGGCCUUCAGUUCAACUGGCAUCCCGUCCUGAUGGUGACAGGUCUGGUGGUGCUGUACGGCAAUGGAGCUGUGUUGUAUCGCGUCCCUCUGACUUGGGGUCAGAACAAACUCCCCUGGAAACUGCUUCACGCAGCGCUGAUGCUCCUCGCCCUGAUCCUGUCAAUUGUGGGACUUUGUGCUGUGUUUGACUUCCACAACGCCAACAAGACCCCCAACCUCUACUCCUUACACAGCUGGAUCGGAAUCGCAGCUACAGCUCUUUUUGCCAUACAGUGGGUGGCGGGUUUGGCUGUGUUCCUCCUGCCCUGUUCCCCCAUAUCACUACGUAUACUCCUGAAACCUGUCCAUGUGUGGAUGGGAGGCAGCAUACUGUCGCUCAGCAUCGCUGCCUGCAUUUCUGGCAUCAAUGAGAAACUCUUCUUUGUUCUAAAAGGCAACACUAAUGGAACUCUGCCAUACAAUGCCCUACCACCUGAAGCUGUGUUAGCAAAUUCAUUAGGAGUUUUGAUUGUGGCCUUCGGCAUGGUUGUCUUCCUGAUUCUGUCCAACCAUAAAUGGCAGAGACCAGACUCCAGGCCUGAGGAUAUGGCUUACACGCCGUUGCUUCAAGAAGAAAGUGAAUGAAGGGAAACUUCAGAACUGCUCACUGCAUGAGGCAAAAUUAGUUCAAUUAUUGUGGAUCACAAGCGGCCGAAAAAUUUCUGUUCAUAAUGUAGAAGCAGCAACUGUGGAAGGAUUAUCUGUCUAUUGUGGAUGUAUAUAUUUAUUUGAAAUUGUAUUUAAAAUUUCUUUAUCACCAAAAGAAUAAAAGAAUGUUUGUCAUCAAA